GCUCAAGUUCAGUAGGAGUUUUCGAUCCCACUCCUCCGCCUCCCGCCGCCCCCCAUGGUGCUUUAAAUAGCUUUCCCUUACCCAGUUUGUGAGAGUGUCAUCUGAUUUAAAACCAGUCAACCGAAUAAAAACACUUUCUAGAAUGCCAGUUUGGAAACGUGGAUCAAAAUUCAAAUGUGUUAGUUUUGGCCCACAUCUGCGAACUUGUACUAAAUAAACAGUCAAAUGUGCACACGUGUAUGUCCGAGGAUGUUGACUGUGAUUGUUUAUGCCAGAGAAAACAACCCGGAAAUAAGCUGUCCUCCCAACAAAAGAUUGGUGAAGUAGUUUUUAGUAACUUCAAACGAAGAGGUAUGCUGGGAGUGAAGUGGCUCAGUCGUGUCCGACUCUUUGCGACCCCGUGGACUGUAGCCCACCAGGCUCCUCCGUCCAUGGGAUUCUCCAGGCAAGAGGACUGGAGUGGGUUCCCAUUUCCUCCUCCAAGAAUUGGAUGCGUAUCAGGAUGUUCUGAAGAACAGCACCAACCCUCCGGGAGAUGGUCACUUCAACGCCAUGACCAAAGACAAGGAAUCUCCCAUCAGAAGCUGUCGUUUUGUUUACAUCGUGGCCUUAGUAUUUGGAACCAUAAUCCAGUUCUCUGUUGAAAGCGAAUUUGUGGUAGACAUGUCAAAAACAAGCCUUCUUCAUGUUCCCAAAGACCUGCCACCAAAAACCAAAGUCUUGGACUUGUCUCAAAACAACAUAUCUGAGCUUUACCUGUCUGAUGUCAGCUUUCUCUCAGGGCUGAAAGUUCUGAGACUUUCCCAUAAUAGAAUCCAGGGCCUUGAUAUUAGUAUUUUCAAGUUCAACCAUGAUUUGGAAUAUUUGGAUUUAUCUCACAAUCAGCUGCAGAAGAUAUCUUGCCAUCCAAUCACCACGAGUCUCAAGCACUUAGACCUCUCAUUCAAUGACUUUGAUGCCCUGCCCAUCUGUAAGGAAUUUGGCAACUUGACCCAACUGAAUUUCUUAGGAUUGAGUGCUGCAAAGUUACAACAAUUAGAUCUACUACCAGUUGCUCACUUGCACCUAAGUUGUAUCCUUCUGGAUUUGGAAGAUUAUUAUAUGAAAGAAAAUAAGAAAGAAAGUCUUCAAAUUCUGAAUACAAAGAAACUUCACCUUGUUUUUCACCCAAAUAGCUUUUUCUCUGUCCAAGUGAACAUAUCAGUGAAUAGUUUAGGGUGCUUACAACUGACUAAUAUUAAAUUGAAUGAUGACAAUUGUCAAGUUUUACUUAAAUUUUUAUCAGGACUCACUGGAGGACCAACCUUACUAAAUUUUACCCUCAACCAUAUGGAAACAACUUGGAAAUGUUUGGUUAAAGUUUUUCAAUUCCUUUGGCCCAAACCUGUAGAAUAUCUCAAUAUUUACAAUUUAACAAUAGUUGAAAAAAUUGAAGAAGAAGUUUUUACUUAUUAUAAAACGACACUGAAGUCACUAAAAAUAGAAGAUAUUACAAACGAAGUUUUUAUUUUUUCACAGGCAGCAGUAUACACACUGUUUUCUGAGAUGAAUAUUCUGAUGUUAACCAUAUCGGACACACGCUUUAUACACAUGCUUUGCCCUCAGGGGCCAAGCACAUUUAAGUUUCUGAACUUUACCCAGAAUGCUUUCACAGAUAGUGUCUUUCAAAAUUGUGGCACUUUAACUAGAUUGGAGACGCUUAUCUUACAAAAGAACGAAUUAAAAGACCUUUUCAAAACAAGUCUCAUGACUAAGGAUAUGCUUUCUUUGGAAACACUGGAUGUUAGCUGGAAUUCUUUGGAAUAUGACAGAUAUAACGGAAAUUGCACUUGGGCUGGGAGUAUAGUGGUGUUAAAUUUAUCUUCAAAUGCACUCACUGACUCUGUGUUCAGAUGUUUACCUCCUCGGAUCAAGGUUCUUGAUCUUCACAAUAACAGAAUAAGGAGCAUCCCUAAAGAUGUCACUGGUCUAGGAACUUUGCAAGAACUCAACCUUGCUUCCAAUUCUUUAGCCCACCUUCCUGGAUGUGGUAUCUUUAGUGGCCUUUCUAUACUGAUCAUUGAUUAUAAUUCAAUUUCCAAUCCAUCAGCUGAUUUCUUCCAGAGCUGCCAGAAGAUUAGGUCCCUCAAAGCAGGGAACAAUCCAUUCCAAUGUUCCUGUGAGCUGAGAGAGUUUAUCCAAAGUGUAGGCCAAGUAUCCAGUGAAGUGGUAGAGGACUGGCCUGAUUCUUAUAAAUGUGACUAUCCAGAGAGCUAUAAGGGAGCCCCUCUAAAGGACUUCCAUGUAUCUGAGCUGUCAUGCAACACGGCUCUGCUGAUUGUCACCAUCGUGGUCCCUGGGCUGGUGUUGGCUGUUACCGUGACUGUCCUCUGCAUCUACCUGGAUCUGCCCUGGUACCUCAGAAUGGUGUGUCAGUGGACCCAGACCCGGCGCAGGGCCAGGAAUGUGCCCUUGGAAGAACUCCAAAGAACUCUUCAGUUCCAUGCUUUUAUUUCAUACAGUGAACAUGACUCUGCCUGGGUGAAGAAUGAACUGGUACCUUGUCUAGAAAAAGAAAAUAUAAGGAUUUGUCUCCAUGAGAGAAACUUUGUUGCUGGCAAGAGCAUCGUGGAAAAUAUCAUCAACUGCAUUGAGAAAAGCUACAAGUCCAUCUUCGUUUUGUCUCCCAACUUUGUCCAGAGCGAGUGGUGCCAUUAUGAACUCUACUUUGCCCACCACAAUCUCUUCCAUGAAGGAUCUAAUAACUUAAUCCUGAUCUUGCUGGAACCCAUUCCACAGAACACCAUUCCUGAUAGAUAUCACAAGCUAAGAGCUCUCAUGGCACAGAGAACUUAUUUGGAAUGGCCUAAGGAGAAGAGCAAACAUGGACUCUUUUGGGCUAAUAUUAGAGCUGCUUUUAAUAUUAAAUUAAGACUAGUCACUGAAAACAGUGAUGUGAAAGGUUAAAAAAAAUAAAAUAUCUGAAAUCCAAUUAAAGAGACCAUCAUUCACUUGGAUUCUGAUGGACACUGGUUUCAAGUUAUUUCUGGAUGCUGCCUCCAUUAUUUCCAUGAAUGCAGGGAAGACUUAUGGAAAACCAUGUUUUAGCUGAACUGGAAACGAGGCUGGGCCUGAGCUGGCGCUCAGACUUGCUGAUUACAGGUAACUCAGUCUCUCUGGUUUAACCAUUCUGUUUCAAAUUGAAACCGUCUCUGUCGAAUGAAUGCUCAGUCAUUCAGGGACCUUUCCCCUCUCCUUUCCCGAGUGGAUGUUGUGUGAGGAGGAGUCCAUGAGACUUGCUGGCCACAAGGAAACAGUCAGCUGCAGAACUGUAUGCAGUGGUGCUUGGAGAGUCCUAUGGAUCUUCAUCAGCCUUGGGGUCGGCUCUGUCCUCCUGUUCUACUUUGGGAGAAAAUAGACCUGAUACGGAAAUUAAAGACCCUUUUUUCUUCA